AUGUUGAAGAUUAAGAUUCCACCUAAAUUGAAAGACCUAGGUAGCUUCACAAUUCUAAUUUCUAUUAGGGGCCAAAAUGUUGGUAAAACUCUUUGUGAUUUGGGAGCUAGUAUUAAUUUGAUGCCCAUGUCCAUUUUUAAAAAGUUGGGAAUUGGAGAGGCAAGACCAACUAUACUCACAUUGCAAUUAGCUGACCAUUCUAUGGUGCAUCCGGAGGGAAAGACUGAAGAUAUCCUAGUACAAGUUGAAAAAUUCAUUUUUUCGGCAGAUUUUAUUAUUCUUGACUAUCAUGAAGAGAUAGAUGUUCCAAUCAUCUUUGGGAGACCAUUCCUUGCCACUAGAAGGACUUUGAUAGAUGUUGAAAAUGAGAGCUUACCAUUCAAACUCAAGAUGAACAAGUAA